AUGGCUGUGCUCCUAAUUGGAUUUUAUGAAAUGUUUCUCUUCUGUCUUUCUUAUUUAUAUUCAUAGUUGUAACAUAAAACAUAAAACGAGAGGGAAUGGAAUGGAAGGAAGACACAACGAAUUGGUCGAAAUCAACGUUGACCUGAAUUAAAAUCGUCAAAAUAAUCAAGAUCUCACAGACCGCAGCACCGAUUAAAGAUUGAUAAACAACUACAUUGUUCACUGUACUAUAUACAUAAUAUAUAGUAUAUAUAAACUCUGUUAGAAUCCUUGGAGAUGCUAUAUUUCGCAUUUCUUAUCAAUUCUCUAUGCUGACUGGUAUAUAUAGUUCGAGAAACAUUGAACUGUUGAUGUUAAAUGUCAAUUCUUUGAAAGGGAAUGAUAUAUAACGAGAAUUGUUUCGAUCGUAUACGGAGUACUUCAGAUAAGAGCUGCUUAGUCCAAAUCAUUUUAUAAUAGUGUAAUAUUAACUUGCUUCGCUCAUAUUUGAUUAUGCGAUAAUACUUUCCUCAACUUUGACAAUAAGAUGCUAAAUCAACAUCCCCUGUUGAACACCAUAGACUCAUACAUCGAACCGCUUUUGAAACGUGUUUUACAAACCAAGAGAUUAGGUGUUUGUUAUGGUUUGAUAAAAUUGGAUUCGGUGUCGUCGAGUUGUGACAGAAACAAGAAUGAUUGUUUCAAAUUAUCAAUUCCCUAUGCUGGAGAGCACCUUACAUGGAAUAUACUGUUUGAUUCGCAAUGUCCAGAGAUGGGACCAGACUUCAUAUUCAAUGAUCAGAAUUUUUUAAUGGACCCAGACAUUGAUAUUUUAUCUACUUCGGUGCCUAGUCUUGUUAAAUGGAAUCCUAAUGAUAAUGAUGCACUGCUUAAUGUACUAAGAGAAUUGUUAGUGUAUUACAAGGAACAUCAGAUUCAGUCACUUGCAAAACAAGGAGAUCGACUGCAGUUUGAAUACAGCACUCUUGUUGGUGAAACGGAAAUAUGUAAGGAAGAUAUAGAAGUGAUGAUGUUACCACUAGGAUCAAAGCCUAUAGAGGCAAGAUUUCUAAUACGCAUAUCUUUAGAUUAUUCUCGAUUACCUCCGCGUAUUAAUAAAUCGCAGAAUGACGAAGCGAUGCUUCUAGUUACAUUUUAUGGUCCAGAUUGGAAUCGUAUUUUGCCACAACUUGUCUUAUCUAAGACCUUAGAGGAUGCUUUUGGUGGCCCGGAAUCCUUGCAUAUUCCACCAUUACCACCCAACAAAUAUUUAAUGGAUUAUGUUCCCGAAGUGAUCAAAUUUAUAGAAGAGAAGAUAAACAGCGUAGUUAAAUGUUUCGAAAGCAGAAAGGAGUUUAUUACGGUUCUAAUUGUCUUACAGCGUGGCAGCAUACUGGAAUAUGAUGCCACGGAAUUUAAUUGGAUUGCUAUUUUGAUGGAACAUCGAGACUUCCAUUUUCUUAUAUAUUUUCAUCUUCCAUUAACGUUCCCGAAAGAGAAACCACAAAUUACAUUGCAGUCAGUAUACCAUAUGACAUCACAGGGUACAUUGUAUAAAGAGGUAUUGGAUGAUGUACCAUACAGUCCUAGAUGGUCGAAUACGACGAUGGUUAACAAAUUGUUAACAUACAUAAUAGAAACUGUUCAAAAGUUUCAAGCGAACUCUGUCAGAAAUAAUCGUUUUUAAUAAUUUAUUCUAAAAAAAGGUUAUAUUUUAUUACAAAGAAUGUAUUUAAUAGUUGCAAUUGAAAUAAAAACUAUUUGGUUCCAAUGUGUGUA